AAGAGGAGAAAUUUUUGAGAAUACUGGUCAGAUAUAUUAAGCAGAUUCCAUAAAUGGUAAUUGAAUUUUUUGGCAAAUCUAGGCGUGUCUUGUUUUCUAGUUUCAGUUCUCUCUAAAAUCUGGUCCUAAUAUUUCGCUACUACAGAGGUCAAAUAUUGUUUUAUAACGAAGUACAUUUCAGUUCAAUGGACAUACUGUUUUAUUCCUAAUUAAAAAUAUGCUAUUAUUUCAGAUCAGUAUCCAUAACUAUGAAAUUAUAUAUAUAAAUGCGUAAAAUAACUAAUUCCAGACGAUUUAUAAGCGUUAACAAAAUUGGGCUGAUCACCGUUCCAUAACAAAAGACGAACAUAACUAUUUCAACCAAUCAACUCACUUCUUGCAUGUACUGGUAGGUUAGUGAAAAUUUCCCUUAAUUUAGGGUUUAAGAAAUAAGGUUAUUUUUAUUUCCAAAAUGUAUUCUUUUUCGGAAAGCCAAUACCCUUUCCGAUAGCUAAGGAUCAUUUUAUUCCAGUGGAUUAUAAGGCUGAUCUACUCCUCAUUAUGAUCUAAUAUAAAUUUUGCGAGUUAAGGGAAAUGCACACUCGUAUAUGUACACUGUUGAAAUGGAUGCACUUUCACUCAUUGAUGUCGUAUUUUUUUAAAACUAUAAUGUGUGGUCUUAAGUGGAAUAACUUGGCGAAAAUUCUAAAUCCAAAAGUAAUGUGACUACAAUCGAGUGGAACUCAUUGACUGCACAAUUUUGCAAACAAAACCUUUAUUUUGUUUUUUAUUUUACUACAAUGGAGCGCCCUCCGUCUCCAGCACGGCUGGCCUACACCUCAGAUAAACAUCCGCGGCAUACAUUGGAGGCCAUCAAUGUUCUUCGGAAAUUGAGAGAACUGUGUGAUGUGGUGCUUAUUGUUGGACAACGAAAGAUUUUUGCUCAUCGUAUGAUUUUGUCAGCAUGCAGUCCUUACUUCCAUGCCAUGUUCACUGGAGAAUUAGCAGAGAGCCGUCAGACUGAGGUCACCAUAAGAGACAUUGAUGAGAAUGCCAUGGAGCUUCUCAUAGACUUUUGUUAUACUGCAAACAUUACUGUUGAAGAAAGCAAUGUACAGACUUUACUGCCAGCUGCAUGCUUAUUGCAGCUGGCUGAAAUUCAAGAAGUGUGCUGUGAGUUCUUAAAACGGCAACUGGAUCCAUCCAAUUGCCUUGGGAUUCGUGCCUUUGCUGAUACUCAUGCCUGCCGAGACCUCCUAAGGAUAGCUGACAAAUUUACCCAACACAACUUUCAAGAGGUGAUGGAAAGUGAGGAAUUCUUAUUACUUCCUGUGAAUCAACUUGUUGAUAUAAUCUCCAGUGAUGAGCUGAAUGUACGAAGUGAAGAACAAGUCUACAACGCUGUCAUGGCAUGGGUCCGUUACAAUAUCCAAGAGAGAAGGCAGCAUCUUCCAACUGUCUUACAGCAUGUUCGUCUCCCUUUGAUGAGUCCGAAGUUCCUGGUUGGUACUGUAGGAUCUGAUCUGCUUAUAAAAAGUGAUGAAUCCUGUCGUGAUCUGCUAGAUGAAGCUAAAAACUACCUCCUCUUGCCUCAAGAAAGACCCCUCAUGCAGGGGCCACGAACAAGACCUCGGAAACCCAUCCGUUGUGGAGAAGUAUUGUUCGCUGUUGGUGGAUGGUGUAGUGGUGAUGCGAUAUCUAGCGUUGAGAGAUAUGACCCUCAGACAAGUGAAUGGCGCAUGGUAGCACCAAUGAGUAAACGACGCUGUGGUGUAGGUGUUGCUGUCUUAAAUGACCUUCUUUAUGCUGUAGGAGGCCAUGAUGGACAAUCUUAUUUAAACAGCAUUGAAAGAUAUGAUCCUCAAACAAAUCAGUGGAGCAGUGAUGUUGCACCAACUAGCUCUUGUCGAACAAGUGUUGGAGUAGCUGUAUUGGAUGGACACAUGUAUGCAGUUGGAGGCCAAGAUGGUGUAUCUUGCUUGAAUUUUGUAGAAAGAAACGAUAUAUAUGAUUAUGUAACAGCAGCAGUGAUAAGUUUAUUCAUUAGAAAAAUGAUUUUAGCAAUUUUCCUAAUUUUUUUCCCCUCUUCAAACAAUCUAGUUGAACGCUAUGAUCCAAGAACUAAUCGCUGGAAUCCAGUGUCGCCAAUGGGAACCAGACGAAAACAUCUCGGUGUUGCUGUAUAUAACAACAUGAUAUAUGCUGUUGGUGGUCGAGAUGAUACAACAGAGUUAAGUAGUACAGAACGGUAUAACCCUCAAACAAACACAUGGCAACCAGUUGUAGCUAUGACCUCACGACGCAGUGGUGUGGGCUUGGCAGUUGUGAAUGGUCAGUUAAUGGCUAUUGGAGGGUUUGACGGCACAACAUAUUUAAAAACCAUUGAACUUUAUGACCCUGAACAGAACUGUUGGCGACUGUGUGGAAGCAUGAAUUACCGUCGUCUUGGUGGUGGUGUCGGUGUGGUGCGAAUGCCACAGCAUGAACCCCAUCUCUGGUAGCACUAAUGGAGGCCUUUAUUGGCUUUAUUUUGUUUUUUUUUUAUUUAUUUAUAUUUUUUCCCUAUUAAUGAAAAAGUAAGAGCAAUUAAAGAAAAAAAAAAAGGAAAACAACCAACAAACAAAUGACAAGAAGGAAUGAAAGAGCAAAGAAUAAAAGGGCCUUGGUGUUACCUGUCAUUGAAGAUGACACUUAGUUGUUUCUCACUUCUAGGGCCAGUCCUUUUACCAGCACCACCAGUGUAUUGAAAUCGUGUGGGUGUGGUGUUUGAGAAGCUUCACUAAAUGGCAGGAAGAUACACUUGUUGAUGAAUGGCUGCGCAGCACGUAGAUGUGUACGUAAUCACAUUUAAUUUGUACAGUAUUUAUUUAUUAGGCUUCAUUUUUAAAAAAAAUAUUUAGACAACUUCAACUUUGUUUUUUUUUACAAUUUAUUUAUUUCAGAUUUUAAUCCCCUCUUACUAUAACUACUGCUACUAAGUUAUCUUUUUUACUUCCUUUAUUCUGGAAUACAUAAAUUUCUAAUCAGAACAUAUUUUCUAUUUAUGAAAGGUGAAAUUAUUGAUCUAAACUUAUUUAUCCUUUGUUUUGUUCUAGUUUUGCUACCUUCCUUUUCUCUCUCAUGAUUUCUCUGCUUGGAAUAUUGCACUUUUCACCAUCAUUCUCAUAUUCAUUUCCAUUUAUUUUCCAAGUUUAAGAUGAUGUAUGAAAUAACCAAAGAAUAACUUCUGUUUUCCUUCCUUUUUUUUUUAUUAAAUAUGUGAAAAAAAAAAAGUAAGCAGAAAGAAAUGGCACCCAGUUAAGGUUGCUGUAUAAUUCACAUUUGCCUCUGUCUAAAUUCUACUUUUUUUUUCUGGAAGAGCAUUUUAAGCUUCAGAUGUUUCCAGAAUACUUGGCUGUGUAUAUUUAUAACAUGUCUGCUUGUGAAAGGAAAAAAAAGCCCAUUCGCUCACCCUUCGUCAAAAUUGAAUUCAUUCUCAUGUUUCUCAUCCACUGGCAUUUAUUCUAAACUUUUUUAUCCCAUAUCAGCAUAGAUGUUGGAGGGGUUUUUUUUCUCUUAGUUUCAAGAAAUCAAUAUCUUUCUCACUCAUGAAAAAGUAAACCCAAUAAUACAGAUGAAAUACAAUGAUUUUUUUUUUUUCUUCUAUUUUCUUUCUUUAAGGUAAUUUCUAUUUCUAUAAAGUAUUUGAUCACAAAUUUAAUUUUAUAUAAACCUGAGCAGAUCAAUAUAUAUGCCUAAACAAAAGUUUCGUCUUGUAGAGUAAGUGUGAAAGCAAACAAAUUUAAUGCUACCAAAAUGUGAAACAUUUUGAAUGUUCACUAGACUAGUAAAUAUUCUGUAAUUUAUUCAUAUAUGAACUUUUUGGACCACUAGAGAACAAAAAUAACAAAUUUGCAGAGGAAAUUUAAAGAAACAUUUUAAUUUUUAAAAACUGUACCCUUAGAUUAUUAAGUGUUUAUUUUUUCUGUAACUAAUAUAUUGCAAAGCAAUUUUCUAUAUAAAGAUUUUAUUAUUUUAGUGGUUUCUUCUGCUUGAAUACAAAUUUUAAGUUUUGAGAAGAUUUGAAUUCACCUUUGAUAUAUCAGUGACACUUUGAAUAUCUUAAAACUAUCAUUCUGCUUUUCUACUGACUGGGCAUGCACACUACCCCAACACACACACACACACAAAAUGGUCUUUUUAGUAAUAAAGGGAAGGAAGAUUGUAGUAAAGGCUCUUUUGGAUCCUGCAGCUUCUAGCACAUUUUUCUGUCUUUCACAAACAACAUACAUCAAACAUUAACAGGUGAAGUUGUAGAUUGUCUACUAGUGUUUUAUACAUUCUCCAGUUAAAUCUAUUUAAAACCAUAAAUAUUUGCAUUUGCAUUAAAGUCAAAAAUGUAAACUGCUUCCAAACUGAUUCUAUUAUUACAGAGGUAUGUGGAUUCAGUUAGUUAUCUUAGUUAUAUGUUCUCUGAAAGAACAAACCGUCAUCUAUUUUCCAACAAUAAUUAUUUAUUUGAUAAAAUGCUGUAUGCUGGACUUGAUAGAAAUUUUUAUAUCAUUUAUAAAUAUAUAUAUAUAUCUUAUAUUUCAAUAACAGCAAAAUACGUUCAUGGAAUAGAAUUAGCACAUCAUUAAAAUAAAAUAUUUUGCUAUAGUAUGACAUGUUCAAAGCAGUAUAGAUUUGCUAGAUGCUGUUGUUUCACUGUUUAAUUUCAUGUGGUAAUAGAUAGCAAUUUAGUUCAGCUGUUAAUACAUAUAAAAGUUUAUAAACACUUAUAAUAAAUUGUAAUGUGCUUCAAAUUGAUGAUUUAUUUACAGUAAAUAACCCUAAUUAGUUAAAAUCAUAUGAAAGAAUUAAUAUUAGAAAAAUACAUGAGAUAUUACUUUUACUUAAGUAUUCAUGUACUUUUGAUAUAGCUAUUUUAAACUUAAGACUAUAUAAAAAAAAACUGUAUAGUUCAUAAGAAGCUAGUUGUUUUUCAUUUGUGACAUACCAAUUAGCAUUACAAGUUAUAGUCUGAAAUUUCUAUACACAUUUCCAGAACUCCAAGUCAUUCAUAUAAAAUAUGAUGAAAUCAUUUCUGCUUAACAUUUUAAUACUGUUUCAUGAUUUAAACUAGGGAAGGUUAUUUUGUUGUUGUUGUUUUUUUACCCUGAUAAAAAAUUAUAGUUUACUCGUAUUUUUGUUGAAAAUUCAAUGAAGUAAAAAGAAAAUGGUGGGUAGGAGGUAUUAUUAUGGUUUUAAUUCAUUUUAGUGUAACUCCAUAAAGUUAGUUGCCUACUUGCAAUCACCAUCAAUUCUGAAUAGUAGUCUAUCUGCCUUUAUAGUUUCACCUUUGCUUAUAAAAUAACUACCAAAUAUAUACUUGGUCAAUUCAAUCAACUAUACCUCUUCUCUACAAAUGAGUGAUCAUGUGCUUAUGUUAUAACCAUCAUUGAUUAUAUCUUAUAUGUACUGGUGACAAUAGUAGAUUCCCUCAUAAGGUUCUGCAUUCUUAGGAUUGAAGACUGGAGGUUUGAUGAUGAGGGUGGAUUGGUUUGGUUUGGAUCAUUGACUUCAGGAUCAUAUAGUUGCCUCAUCAUUCAUACCAGGGUACUUCUGAGUAUGCUCACAUAAUUGAUGUUAAUAAUCUGCAAACUUUUUCAUUAUUGAUUCUAAGAUUAAAUCAUAGCAAAAUUUUGUCAUUUGAAAAAAAGUUAUCAUUUGUGAGUAAUGGUAAGCUUCAAGUUGAAGCAAGUCUAUAACCUAGUUAUAUUUCCUAAUUGAAGCAAUUUCACUUCAUUUACAUUGCCUGAUUGCCACAUUAUUUUUAUUUCCCACCCAUCUCUAUAUAUUUUAGGUCUGUGUGCCAAUCUACUGCUUGUCAAGAAGCAGGAAAGUUGAUUCUGUGCACAAGUGCUCUACUCAUCAUCAUUGUAUUGUUGCACAGGCAUCUCUUCCCUAAUUAAUUAUUCCAGUCAAAUAUCAAAGAUUAAUCAUUAUUCUGUUAUUUUUGCAACUAGUUUAUUUUGUUUGUUCUUAUAGAGAAAACGAGUGAAAUAUUCCCUUCAAAAACUUUCACCUUAAAUUUAAGCAAUUGAUCUAUGUGUAAUCUCUACAGUUUAUCAUUUCAACGGUGAAAUUCAUUUGGGAAAAACAGAACUUUCAUUUCAUUGAGUUCACUGUACAUUUGAAAUGUUCCUAAAUUCUAUUUUCUCAAAUAAAACCAUUUUUUAAAGAAUUUUCUUAAAUUUUUUUUAUUUACUAUUUAUUGUUAUUGUGAUAUGUUGAACCACAUCCCAAUCUUAGACUCAUUCAGCUAUCUGAGUCUUCUCUCUCUGUUGGAUUUGGUUGCUAGUCCAUGUGUGUUGUUCAUGGUUAGAUUUAAAUCACUGCAAUAUAAGUGAUUUAAAUAACAGCAGUGAAUUUUACUUUUCAAUAAAACCUAUUCAGGUUUUUAUGGAUACAGCACAGUGAUGCUUACUGGAUUAAGAAUAUUAACAAUGGGUGUUAGUGCAGUACUCUAAUAAACUUGCUUCAUUAACUCUCUCUUCGUGAUGUUUACAUUAAAAAGUUAGUUACAUUAAAAAAUUAUUAUACUUUAAAUAACUGGUAUUAUUUUCAAAUAGAGGUUUUAAUUUUUUUUUUUCUUAAUUAUUGUUUGGAGCCUGGUGUUGCCAUCCGGUUUCACCAGUCCUCAGUCAAAUCGUCCAACCCAUGCUAGCAUGGAAAGCGGACGUUAAACGAUGAUGAUGAUGAUGAUGAUGAUUAUGAUAAUGUAAUUAUAACCAUGGACAUCUUGGUUUGACACUUAACCAAAAUUAUCUUAGUUUUAUCAUGGCCCCUCUCUUUAAACUAUAAUGAUAAUUUCUUUCAUUAGCACAGACUAUAGACUUGUAGGAAGGCAGAAUGUUAGUUGACUGAAUAAAUUCUCCCACAUGACUGAUACUUCUUUGAUCAACUUUUGAGAAGUAAAAGUUAAAAUUUGACUCCUGCAGGAUUAGAAUUGAGAAGAAGGCUCAAAAAUGAAACAAAAACAUUGAAAGGCAUUUAGUCUAGCACUGCCAUUAAUGAUAAUGAUUUUUAAUUGUAGUGCAAAACCUUAAAUUUGAGAGAUAAGAUUUAAUCAACUGGAUCAACCCCUAGUUUGAAAGGUACAUAUUAGUGGAAUUGUUAGAAUGGCUGGCAUUCCACUAAUAUCUGUUCCAGUUCUGAGUAUUCAUUCUGAUUUCAAAUUCUGCCCUGGCACUACUAUCAGGAGUUGUGACUGACAGAUUAGUAUAAACAAUUUGAAAAAUAGUUUACUUGGUUUGAUCAAAAAAUUGACUGUCAGCACAACCAUAUUUCAUUAACUCAUAAUGAUCAAAGAAUGAGACCUCAACAGAAUUUGACAACGGAAUAUUUAUAUUCUGAAUUUAAUCAGGUACUUCAAGGUAUUUAAUUCAGCACUCCAUUCUGCCUGCCAUCAGUGGAGGUGCAAUGGCUCAGUGGUUAGGGCAGCGAACUUGCGGUCAUAGGAUCGCGGUUUCAAUUCCCAGACCUGGCGUUGUGAGUGUUUAUUGAGCAAAAACACCUAAAGCUCCACGAGGCUCUGGCAGGGGAUGGUGAUGAACCCUGCUGUACUCUUUCACCACAACUUUCUCUCACUCUUACUUCCUGUUUCUGUUGUGCCUGUAAUUCAAAGGGUCAGCCUUGUCACACUGAAUAUCCCCGAGAACUACGUUAGGGGUACACGUGUCUGUGGAGUGCUCAGCCACUUGCACGUUAAUUUCACAAGCAGGCUGUUCCGUUGAUUGGAUCAACUGGAACCCUCGACGUCGUAAGCGACGGAGUGCCAACAAAAUUCUGCCUGCCAUCAUUUUUUUUUUUAAUGACAAUACCUUGGGAUUGAAGGCAAUGACUGUUUAACCUACUUACAUUAAUGACCUAGUACUAAUUUAUGAAUGGGCUUAUUGGGGCAACUGAAGCUAUUAAAUGAUACCUAGAUAGUCUAAUAAUUUCUUAAGGUCAGUAAUUUUGUUAUACUAGUGCGGCGACCUUCUGUUAAGGUUUCCCUUCUUGUUGCUAAUCAUUGUUAGUUGAACGUCAAGACAGUUAUAUCCCUUAGUUAUGUAUGAAAUAUAAUGGUUCUAGUUAUAUAAUUAUGAAUUUAUUGUAUACUGGACUCAAGUACACAAUUCAGAUUUGAAAAAAGUGAAAAAUGUAACUUAUAAUUUUUGUAAAUCCCUGUUUAGAAAUUUAUUGAGUCCAUAGCAUUUAGAUUUUUUUCACAGGUGUUCAUUUUCAUCAAAGCAUUAGAACAGAGUAAAAAUGUUUUAUUAUCCUCUACUAUUCCAUAGUAAUACCUUAUGAAGAUCAUAUUCAUCCUUCUUUAGGUGAGUAUUGAUGAUCAAAAUAGGUGUCAGUUGAGCCAAUCAACAAUAUUUGUCACCUACACUAAUUUAAUUUAAGAAAGAAAUAUUUCAUCAGUAAUGGGUGGGAAAUCAGCAUUAUUCUAAGCCAUCCCUAAAAGAUUGGUCUAGGCAACCAAAUUAGAAUUAAAAUUAGCCUCUGAUGGUUCAAGCUUUUAUUUGUCAGAGACUUAAGUUACUAAUAUCUUUGAGUUAGCAUUUUCUUUCCUCACAAAAUUAAUCUUUUUUGUGCCUGGUUAAAAGAAACCUAUUUAUUUAUCAGUGCUACUGGCUUUAAAGUAGAAUGUGAACAGUCCCAUAAUUUAAUAGAUCUCUGGGGGGACCACUGAAAUUUUUGACUCCAUGUAUUUGGUGUCAGCCUAUCCCUCUUCAAACUAUACCCAUGGAGUUCAUUCUUGAAAUAGAGUAAUAUAUCAGAAUAAAUUAUCUCCACUGUUGAGAGAGAAAACUCAGUAGUUCUUUCAAUUAAAUUUUCGUAUAGUUUUCACCAUUUGUUGGGAAGUUCAGUCCAUGACCCACUUUUGACUUCCAAAUUAAGUUAAUUUAUUUACAAUGUCAAUGUCCUUGGAAAACUCCUGAACAUUUCGACUUCCUUCUUGAUGCCUAAAAUUGCAAGUGAAGUAACAAUUAAUAGAGAGACGGACUACUAAACACCUUACAAUAUUUUGUCUUUUCCAAACUCUAGCUAUGAAUUUUGACUUUUUCCUCUCCAGUGUUGAUAAUAUAAAUAUCAUACAUAAUAAAUGGAAAUCAAUUGAAACAACUGCAAUGUGAUCCUGAAAAUCUGUGGCUUUGUGUCAUUGUAAAAACUAAUGAAGUAGUGGGUACUAUGUGCAGCAAUAGGAUUUUAGUUUCAAUCUGUGAAUGGAAACAUAUCUAUGUUCCUAAUGAAAUAACAUUUCUCUUUUCUCCAAUAUUUGAAUCUUCACAUUUAUGUAAGAAAUUAUUAUUAUGACCAGGAGGCCAUUUGGCAGAGUUGCUAGCAUCAGAUAAAUUGCCUUCCAGUAUUAGUUUCAGCAUGUUACAUUCUCAGUUCAAAUCCCACCAGGGUCACUUAGCUUCAAUUUUUUCGGAGGUCAGUAAAAUAAAGUACCAGUCAAGUACUGGGGUUGAAUAAUCAACUGACACCCUCCUCUCAAAAUUACUGGGCCUGUGCUUUAUUAUUAAGGUGACAAGCUGGCAGAAUCAUUACCACUCUGGAGAAAAUGCUUAGUGGCAUUUCAUCCUCCUCUACAUUCUGAGUUCAAAUUCCACCAAGGUCCACUUCACCUUUCAUCCUUCCUUUCGGGGAGGAUAAAAUGAGUACCAGUUGAGCACUGGGGUUGAUGUAAUCAACUUAUUUCCUCCCCUGAACUUCCUGGCUUUGUGCCAAAAUUUGAAAUCAUUAUUACUACAGUGAAGAUGACUGAGACAGGACCAGACUAAACGUAAUAUGUUUAGUCAGCUUUGACUCAUUCCACCAAAGUCUACUACUCCAUAGUUGAUGGAAGAAAUAAUAUACUGGGUUGAGGAUUCAAACUUUCUGUCUUUAUUAUAGUUUGUUUUUAUUCGUAAAUAUUAUUUUCAUUAUCAUUUAUCUUACAUUUUUGUACCAUACUGCAAAAACCAAAUGAGUCUUUAAAGUAUCUUCUCACUGAGUUAAUGUGUCCUUUAGUAAGAGGGGUCUCAUUUCAAAAGUUUGUUAUAGUCUAUUUCUACAUUGGUGUAACAUUUAAUUCAAAUUACCACACUGUAUCAUCUCAUUGUCAUAAACUCAAACACACACACACACAAUCCAGAGGCUUUGGUACCCUAUCUGGGAUUGAAUUUGCUCAAUUUUAUUGAUUUUUUUUUUUUUUAAAACCUUGUCCCUAUUUUUGUAUAUACUUUAUCCCAAAUAGUAGCAAGUUCAGUCCUGAGCAUUGUACUACUUCUGAAAGAUAUGGAAUCUGAAGAUAAUGGUCAAAAUGCAAUGUAAACUAGUUGGAGAUCCAAAUUUAAGAAAGCUCAACAAAUAAACUGAAAAAGUUGCAAAAUAUUUCAUAUUCAGUCCAAAACUGUUUCUGUUCUAUAGACUUGACUACACUUUGUGGUCUUUGUAAAAUAGCAUAUAUAUUAGUUAGCCACUGUACUCUGAAAUUUAUUAAAUAUUAUCUUGAAGUAAACUUGAUAAAAUAUUUGUGUACUUAAAUUCUGACUUUUUCCAAACUGAAAAAUGGGAAUAAUUCAGUAAUAAUUAUAUUACUUUAUUAUGGCCUUUCUUCAGUUCAUACUCUUUUUUUAUUCUUUUUAUGUAUUUACUUGAAACACAUGUUAACAUAUUCCAGUGAGCACUUUUUUCUCAACUUUGUUACACGAAGCAAUUGUCAGUUUUUGAAAUUUUGUUGCUUUAUUUUAAAUUUUAUUUGUUUUUUUCCUUAAAGACUUGUAAGAAAACUAUUUAAAUGACAAUUUGAUAUUGAUAAAGUUAUCUGAGUGUAACACUUGCCAGCUUAGUUUUUAGAUCUUGAUAUCAUUAAGCUAAAAUAAGAUUCAAACAUCUUACAAAAUGAUAUGUGAGUAUUUUUUAAAAAAUAUUUUGACUUUCUACAGACUGUAUAAAAAGCAUGAGAAACAUUCUUUUGUAAGAGAAUUAUAACAUUUUGUACAAGUUAAAUGCUGUAUUUCAAUUAUAGUAAGAAGUAUUUCAAAUGUUGAAAUUUUCCAGAUAUUUCAAGUAAAAUUCCUAAAAAAACUUCUUUUAAAAAUCCUAUCAGUUGUGAAUUCAAGUGCAAGAAUAAAAUUUUGGUUCUUACCUUCUGCCUAUGAACAAACAAAUUCUAAAUCAGCAUUGUAGAUGAAUCAUGAAGCUGAUGUUGUACACACAUAACAUAAUUUAUUCAAAUCUAUUAAAAUUAUAUCUUCAUUGAUUUAUUUAUGCGCCAAAAUGCUAUGCAGUAUUUAUCCUCCUGCUGGAAUUUGAAAAAGGGAAAAAAAUGUAUCAAAAUCCUUUUAUUUUAACUCAUAAUGAAAGAUAUACUAUAUAAUUUUUUUUUUUUAUAACUUUCCUGCAACUGGCUUCUAAAUUACAGGUCACUUUUACAGCUUCAGUGAAAUGCUUGAUAUUUAUGUUAAAGAGGAGCUUCUUUGUAGCCUCCUAACUUGCAUUUGUGACCACAUCUCAAUGACACUGGUUUAAUUUUAAACAGAUAUCAAGAAGAUAACUGAAUUAGUGCAGUUAAACUUAAUAUCGUUUCAGAGGAAAAUGAAAUUUUUUUUUACAAAAGUAUAAUCACUAUACUCUAGACUGGCUCCAUGUAUACAGUGCAUGUUUCUGAUAUUUGUACAGAGAACUAAAUUUGCUAUAUUGAUUAUUAUUAGCACUUCCAUGUCAUUGAUGAUUCAAUUCAUUGUGCUACAUUACCUAACCUGAGAUAGGGUUCAAAAGAUAUAUGAAGACGUAAAUUUAAAAAGUGUGAAACAGCUCAUUGUCUAUCAUACUCAGUUUUGUUGAAAAGCAAAUGACAGAUAUUCAUCUUGCCUUUUAAUAUUGCAGUGCAAAUAUAACUUUGCAUUAAAAUGAAGAUGUUGGAGUUAGAGCUUACUCUGAACUGAGUUUCUCUAAAUUCUCAAAUUUUUUUUUGUAAAUAAAAUAUUAAAGCAGUCACUAGUAUUUAUUAUAAGUGUUAAGGACUAGCUGGAACAGUAAUAUCAGUCUAAAUACCUUGUGGUAUUUAGUUAUGUCUUUGCUUUUCUGAGAUAGGAAAACCCUACAAUUGUGGGCUUGUGCCAAUGUAAGAAAUUAUUUGUACAAGCAAAUAUACUGAUAAGGAUUGAAAAUAAUAUUUGCUUUAUCUUUUUAAAACAUUUAAACUUCGUAAAUAUAUCUAAGCUACCAUGCUGAAUUAUGAAACUUGAAUUUAAAACACUGAGUUGAUGCAGGUAGUGUACCUGGUUAAACACCUUAUAGAUCAUUUUCAAUUAGACUAAUUUAACAUUUCAUUUGAAGCACCAGUAAUAUGCUGAGGAUCACUGAAUGAUCUCUUCUCUUUGCUCUUAUAAAAUUUUGACCUAAACAACAAAAGUCACUAUUAUAGGUUAACAUUAUCCUGCAGUAAUGAAUUCUUUGUGAAUCAAGUCUGCAACCAUGUUUUGAAUCUAGAUUGGAGCCAUUUCAUGUGAUUAGGGAAAAGCAGAAAUACAACUUGUGUAUGUGUGUGUGUGUGUGUGUGUAUGUAUGUCUGCAUAUAUACACAUAUAUAUUUGAAGCAUUGUUUACGUAAAUUAUUAUUAUUCACAGAAUAAGACGAAAUUACUCCCACCUACACAUUUAUAUUUCUCCAGAGAAACGAGCUACUUAUUCUGUGUACCAUUUUUUAAUAGUCAGCAGUGCUGUAAGGUCACUUGCAUCUUUCCAAAAUGACAUUCCUGGAGAAACAAUAUAUUCAAUUUGAAAAGAAAAAAAAUUAUUUUUUAAAAAUGCUGUUUUUAACCUGAAAAUAAACUAUUUCAGCAAUAAAAUAUUUUAUUUGGA